GCGCGGAGGCCGGGGAGGAGCCGGGGCCUGCAGCGGAGCAGAGCGGAGCCCGAGCCCCGGCCGAGCCUUGACACCGUCCGUCCGCCUCCUGGUUCCCCGGGAGCCCGGACUGGCCGGAGCCCGAGCGGUGGCGGCGCGGGGGAGCGGAGCGGACGGGACGGGAGCAGAGAGGAGGCGCGGCCGCCGCCGCAGCAGUGACGGGCGUCGGGAGCCGCGGCCUCCCGGCGCCAGCUGCCCAGGCCAGCUCCGGGAGAGCGGGGAGUACGAGAACCCCACCCUCGGGGGCGCCCCAGCAGCGGAGGCGGGAGCGGGGACGGGAGCCACCUCUCCCCCGGCCGGAGAGAUGACCCUUCGCGUUCGGGCGAGGGAAAGAAGAGACCUCUCCAGGGGACGAGUCUCUUCUUCCUAGAGGCCAGGAAGAUCCCCGUACCGGCCCGGGGAUGGAGCUCCCGAAGUAGAGAGGGGUGAUCCUUACCAAAGGCAGCGAGUGAGACCGCCCCGGCGAGCCUCCAUUCCUCCAAACCCUCUCUCCUCAGUUCUGGACUUUUGAGGCAUAAAGGAAGGGGGAUAUGCCUAUGGAGUAGACACCCUCCAUCCCGUCCACAGGGGAGAGGACUCCUUACCCUCAGCGGCAGAGGACACUCCAGGGAGAGAAGAGGACUCGGCUCCCAGCCUUUCAGGAGAGGGGAAGAACUCCCCCCAACUUCCCUGUACCUAGACAGUGGAACGGGGCAGAGCCCCUCCGCUCAGAUCUCCAGCGGACAGAAAGAGCCCUCCACUCCCGACAGAUUCCGUUUGGGGGGGAGGAGACAACUCCCGGUUGGGAGAGGCUCCUCCCCUCGUCCCCGGGGUCACCGGCCCAGUGUGGGGACUGUGCCACCUUCCCCAGGUGGGACCUCCUUCUCCUCCCCCUCCCCCUCCCCCUCCCCCCGCUCCUCCUCAGGGGACCCGGUUCCCCUCCCCAGCUUGGGAGGCUCAGCCAAGUACAGGAAGAGCCACUGAGGAUGGGACUCUUCAUCUGCCUCUGAAGAGGGGAGUCCCUCCAACCCCAAACUCCAGUACCAAGUGGUCCUCUCCCUCUGCUGGGGGAGACUUGGAGACAGAACCCAGAAGUACCAUGGCUUCUGACCUAGAGAGUAGCCUCACCUCCAUAGACUGGCUCCCCCAGCUGACCCUCCGGGCUACCAUUGAGAAGCUCGGGAGUGCCUCCCAGGCUGGGCCUCCAGGCGGCAGCCGCAAAUGUCCACCAGGCUCACCCACAGAUCCUAACGCCACCCUGAGCAAAGAUGAGGCAGCCGUCCACCAGGAUGGCAAACCCCGAUACAGCUACGCCACCCUCAUCACCUAUGCCAUCAACUCCUCUCCGGCCAAGAAGAUGACCCUCAGUGAGAUUUACCGCUGGAUCUGUGAUAACUUCCCCUAUUACAAGAAUGCUGGCAUUGGUUGGAAGAAUUCAAUUCGGCACAACCUUUCUCUCAACAAGUGUUUCCGGAAGGUGCCCAGACCUCGGGAUGACCCCGGGAAGGGCUCUUACUGGACAAUCGAUACCUGCCCUGACAUCUCCCGAAAGAGAAGACACCCUCCCGAUGAUGAUCUAUCCCAGGACUCACCAGAACAGGAGGCAAGCAAGAGCCCACGGGGAGGCGUUCCAGGGAGUGGAGAAGCCUCACUGCCUCCCGAGGGGAAUCCUCAGAUGCCACUUCAGAGCCCCACAUCUAUCGCCAGCUACAGCCAGGGCACAGGGUCUGUGGAUGGCGGAGCAGUGGCAGCAAGGCCUCCAGGCCGAGAGAGCACCGAGGGGCCCCCUCCCCUGUACAACACGAACCAUGACUUCAAAUUCUCCUACUCAGAGAUCAAUUUUCAGGAUCUAAGCUGGUCCUUCCGCAACCUCUACAAAUCCAUGCUGGAGAAGUCCUCUUCCUCCUCUCAGCACGGCUUUUCGUCUCUCCUGGGGGACCUGCCGCCCUCUAACAACUACUACAUGUACCAGCAGCCGCCGCCGCCGCCGCCACCGCCGCCUCCUCCGCAGCCACAGCCGCAGCCGCAGCCGCAGCCGCAGCAGGCACCCGCCCAGGGCCCCUCCGCUGUGGGCGGUGCGCCCCCCCUGCACACCCCAAGCCCAGAUGGUUGUGCCCCACCAGGGGGGAAGCAGGCGGGGGCCGAGGGCUACGGGCCGCCCCCUGUCAUGGCCAUGCACCCACCUCCGCUGCAGCACAGCGGCUACCACCCUCAUCAGCACCAUCCCCCCCCACACCCUGCCCAGCCGCCGCCGCCGCCGCCGCAGGCACAAGGCCAGGCUCCCAUCAACAGCACUGGCUUUGCCUUUCCUCCCGACUGGUGCUCCAGUAUUGACUCCCUAAAGGAAAGCUUCAGGGUGGUGAACCGGCUCAACUGGUCCAGCAUUGAGCAGUCACAGUUCUCAGAGCUGAUGGAGAGUCUGCGGCAGGCGGAGCAGAAGAACUGGAGCCUGGACCAGCAUCACAUUGCCAAUCUGUGUGACUCCCUCAACCACUUCCUCACUCAGACUGGCCACGUGCCCCCCCAGGGGGGCUCCCACCGGCCACCCGCCCCCGCCCGCAUUGCCGACUCCUGUGCCCUCACUAGUGGCAAACAGGAGCCAGCCAUGAACCAAGUGAACUCUUAUGUGCACCCUCAAGCCCCCCACCUCUACCCGGGUCCGUCACCGAUGUACCCACUUGCCGCCCAGGACUCAGCAGGAUACAAUCGCCCAGCACACCACAUGGUCCCUCGGCCCCCAGUUCCACCUCCGGGGGCCAAUGAGGAGAUCCCCGACGACUUCGACUGGGACUUGAUUACCUAGUGCAUCUGAGAGCCCGGCCAUCAGCCGGGGCUGGGUGGUGAAGUCUGGCAGUGGGGAAAGCACAGCCCCAGCCCAUCCCUUCCACUUCCACCCUUGCCUAUAUAUAGAUAUAUAUAUAUCCUCUUUUUUUUUCUUUCUCUGCCAGAGAAGCCACCGCAAGAUGCUGCCGAAGAUAACCCCCUCUUUUCUGCCUCAUUCUUCCUCUUCCUUCUUGUUUUUUUCCUAAUUCUUUUAUUAUUAUUCUUAUUAUAUUAUUAUUCUUAUUAUUGGUUAUAUGCUGUCUCCGGUCUCCUGUCCCUCCACCAUGGACCACGUCCACCUCUUGCUAAUUUAAAAUCAUCCGGCUGGGAGGUGAGGCCAUGAGAGCCGCAGAGAAAGGUCUCAAACUUUGAUUUCCCUUUCGUUUUGGGAAAGUCAGCGCUAGUCCCACCUUUCAGCCCCACAUUGUUUCCUGUGGAUAUCCGUUCGAUCCAGGACUGGAGAAGCCACAUUAUCAAGUAGAAGGGAUCUAAAACACUGCUUGGCAACCAUGAAUUUGCAGGUUUACUCAAUGGUGCUAAUUUUGUCCUCUGAGCUCUUCCGUGUCCCUUUAUUUCUCCAAUCCUACUUCUGAUCCUCUUACCCCAUCAAGGGUAAGAGUGAUGGUGGCGGCAAUAAAAUCCUAGUGGAAUAAGAGGUCUGGGUUGGGUCGGGUAGACUGUCGUAGAGGGGUGAUGGAAUAUAGAACAGUCAGAAAUUGCGUAG